UUUUACCACCUUUGCCGGCCUACACUUCUACCCCCUUCCUGCCUACAGGGCACUUCUACCCCCUUCCUGCCUACAGGGCACUUCUACCCCCUUCCUGUCUACAGGGCACUUCUACCCCCUUCCUGUCUACAGGGCACUUCUACCCCCUUCCUGCCUACCGGGCACUUCUACCCCCUUCCUGUCUACAGGGCACUUCUACCCCCUUCCUGCCUACAGGGCACUUCUACCCCCUUCCUGCCUACAGGGCACUUCUACCCCCUUCCUGCUUACACCUUCCCUACCCCCUUCCUGCCUACAGGACACUUCUACCCCCUUCCUGCCUACAGGACACUUCUACCCCCUUCCUGCCUACAGGGCACUUCUACUUCCCCCUUCCUGCCUACAGGGCACUUCUACCCCCUUCCUGCCUACAGGGCA